AUGAGGCUUUUGCAGGAGGAACUAAUAGGGUUUCGCGCGCUUUUUGGGACCCGUUUUGCUCCAAGCAGGCGCGAAUGUUUUAGCCCAAAUUCUUUCAGCGCCCCGGUUUGGCGCGAGCAGAUGCGCAACCAGACGGAGGCAGACUGGGCCGUGAGCCGGCACCUUGCCAGAGGCAACAUUGCAACUCGCAGAACGGUACUUCGCGCAGCUCGCCAACGCAUCAAAGAUGCUAAGCGCGCUCAGAUCGUCACACGAAGAUCGGUUUUCCCACAACAGAAGCAGGAGCGGCGGCUGAGCAAUUGGUAG